AUAUUUUAGGGGAUUCACUUGUAGAAAGAGGGCGUCUUAUGUGAGCGAAUGUUUGUGCAAAGGCCCCGGCGGGGUUGGGAGCAUUGCGCAGAAGGGGAGACUUAUCACGUCACCCUAAGCAGUUACAGUCAACAUUGACUGCCAACACCCCCCCACGAGGUGUGAGCAAGCCAAGAGCCCACAUAGAUGACCCUGGGGACCAUGAACCAUGACACUGACAAAGAGGACCUCAUACAGGCGGGGUCGGGUGCCAGGGGGUACGGCUGCUGUUCCUCCUGCUGCUUCCACCCCCACAGCUCCUGCUUACAUCACUGCAACCCAGCUAGAACCGCUGGUACACCAAGUGAGCGGCCAUUCAUCCAUGUUUGUUUUGGAUGAUGUAACCGUUUGCAAACCACUCAUUGGUCGGGAGUAUCGAUUUUACCGCACGCUACCACCGGAAAUGAAAAAGUACACCCCAGAAUUUCAUGGCACACUACAGGUGGUUCUCCAAGAAGCUGGGGAUGGACUCUCACUAGCAGCAUUACCCAAUGAACAAAUGCCCUCCCUGAGGAGCAACCAGGGGGCACUCAAACAUGGCAGGUAUGUACGUCGAGUAAGUUCAAGUAGUGUGGAGUUGGAGAGUGAAGGAGAGGAGGAAGAACCCCUCUCGAGCCCUCACCGAGCCUCCAGUCCCUCCACCACAACACCCUCAAGGAAUGAGACCCUCUCUCUCUCACAUCCAGAGACUCACAACCCCUGGCUCCAGCAGUGCCACCAGACAACGCUUCACAAGCUGAAGCAGAAGUCUGAUCCAUCAAAUGUUGUUGAAUGUAUAAUGUUGGAAAACCUGACCUUCAAAUUCCGGUAUCCUUGUGUAUUAGACCUGAAGAUGGGAACCAGACAAUACGGGGAUGAUGCCCCGGAAAGUAAACGCAAGAGUCAAACUGCCAAGGCUGCCAACACAACAACAAUAACAUUAGGAGUCAGAUUAGCAGGCAUGCAGGUUUACAACAAGGACAAGAAGUGCUAUCAUUGCAGGAAUAAAUAUUAUGGUCAGAAACUUUCUGAAGAAGGUUUUAAAGAGACUUUAUGGCAGUUUCUUCAUAAUGGUCACAGACUUCGACUUGAUAUAGCCGAAUCAAUAAUUAGCAAGUUAGAAGAAUUAAGAGCCAUUAUAUCUAAACUAGACUCAGUUCGAUUCUUUACCUCAUCUUUAUUAAUUAUUUAUGAUGGUUAUGACCCAUACAAUGUGAAACUGCAUCAACGGGAGCGAGAGUGCGAGAGAGAAAGAGAAAGCAAAGAUAUGGACACCAAUCGAGUCAAGAAGUGGCCAGAGUCUCGAGCAGACGAUGGAAACUCGCCCAGAGAUAAUUGGCCAUCAAAAGAAUCUUGCCCACCAAGUCUAGGGGCUAAACAUCCUGCAUAUAUGCGUGAUUCGCCAACUACAGGUGGAGGGAAGGCCCCCAGAGAGCAGAUAAGUAGGAAUGAAGGUGAGCCUCCAUAUAAAGCAAAAGGCAGACACAGAAAUAGGAACUACAAACCUCAUAUCGACAUACGUCUCAUAGAUUUUGCCCAUGCGACUCACAAAGGUAUGGGUGACUCCAAAGUUUACAAUGGUCCUGAUGAUGGUAUAAUGCUUGGUCUUGAUAGUCUUACCAAAAUAUUUGCCGAUAUUAGAGAAAGUUUUGACCAUUGACACUUGACAUUUUUCACAAGACCUAUUUAUUCUAGGUCUUUAAAUGUGUUUUUGUCUAUGUUAGACAUCACAUAUUCAGAUACAUCACAUCACGAAUAUUUCAGUAUGUUGUGUAUGUGCAAAUGUAGUCGUACAUUUAUUAUUUCAUGUCAAAAAGAUGGUUGUACAUAGGUUAUAGCAAACUCUAUAUUCCUUGAUAAAGAAUGUAGAUAUAGCAACCUUUGACAUAGACAUCUUUGACCCAUUGUAAGUUUUAUGAUUAAAAUCUCAUAUUAUGUAAAUUCAUGGUUGUACAUCAACUCAGUGCAGUGCCAAAGCACCAUCAAUCCUAAUUUGUGUUUCAUGAGGGGGGAGCAAUAAACAGUCAGACUGAGGAGGUUUGGAAUAAUCCUUAUUUAGUUACAGUAGUGCACGUUAGGUCCCCCAUCCACUGUAGUCAUAUUAUUAUUUCUGGGAUUGAUUAAUGUUAAAUUAAUAUUCCUGUGGCCUGGAUUAGAAAUGCAGUAACAAAAAUUCUUUUAAGAAUUUUGUAUUGUGUGUAACUUCUCCUCUCCCCUUCAUCUUUAUUUUCUUAAUUAUGAUUUUUUUUGUACUUUUGCCAUGUUUGCCUCAUUUUAUAUGAGUUUUGCACACACAUGAUUUGAGAAUUAAUUACCUAUUUCUGGUACGUUGCUUGCAUAUCUUGUAAGAUGAUUCAGCAAUCAGGAUUACGAGUAACCGAACAUGGUGAACUUUAUAAUAUUAGUGUCAUAAUGAGACUGAUAAACUGGUGCUUGGAAUGGUAAAUAGAAAUAUACAAAAGUCCAAAAGCUAGGAAAGGGGGGGAGGGGGCGCAGGGGUUGCAGAAAUAUUAUACAGUACUGUACCUUGGCCAAGGGAGCUGGCUAAUUUGAGGACCAGUAAUAUUAAGUACUAUAAACAGAUCAACAAGUAGCAGUUAAAGCUGUAGAGUUGGGAGAGCGGGGAUGAACCCUGAGACUCCUUAACACGGCUAUGUUUACAGUAUAAACACGCACGCACUCGUGUGCGCACACAUGCAUGCACGCGUGCACACACACACACACAAAACAAACAACUCACUCAUUCUCACACACUAACUCACUCUCUUAUAUGUAAUACUGUACACUUAUGGUAAUUAUACACAAUUACAUAUUCAUGAAAACACUAGUCUUGCAUAUUUAUAUGUUAUAUUUUGUUGAUAACACCACACUGCAAUCCUAUAUUUUCAAAGUUGUCAGGUACUGGUAUUAUUAUACUGUAAUUAAAUUUGCAAUAUUUAUCAAUGGCCAUGGAUACUAGUCUCCCAGAAGGUUGAUACAUUAUUCACUGUAGGAUGACAAAAUUUUUAUUUUGACUAAAUGUAUGCUCAAGUCAUCAUUCACACAAGUUGCCAUUGUAUAAAUAAUAAUAGUACUUCCUAUUGUAUAACUCUUACUCUCAUUUUUAGAGAACAAAUUUAGGCUUCAUUGCAUAUUUCUUUUCACUGGCCAUUUGUUUCAUAUUACAAUAAUUUCCCAAAUCUUCUCAGGGAUUGGAGGGUCCUUGAAAUUAUCAAAAAUGUCCUUUAAUUCCAACCUCACAACAUAUUAAAAUUACAAAGUAUGUAUAAUGUGAUAUAUUUUAUAAGUACAGAGUUGUAUAUUUGAAGCCUACUCAGGUACUCUAAUAAUUCUGCCUUGCACAUUUAGUGCAAGUACGGUUUUGUUAGAUUUGGGUUCAAUAUAAACAACACUGUACAUUGUGUACAAUAUUAUACAUUUAAAUAUGUCAUAAGGGUAGGUUGUUAACUCCAAGUUAUUACUUGGUAGAAUAGAGGAUGGAGCAAGUUUUAUCACCACAUGAUGUGCGGUGUGAAAGAACUUGGUGUAUGUUACAAGCAAUAGAAUGUCACCCUGAGGUCAACAAUAGUGUUAUGUUUGCAUGCACAUAAUUCUUUCUUUUUUAUAAACACAAAUCAAGAUAAUAUAUAUUGACAGUGACCCAACCCCCCACACAUAAAAAGAAAGGAAAGGGAUGUUUUGCUCCAUCCUGGACCCUUGAUAAAAGCCCUGGACGUGAUACUGGACAACAGUGGACCGAAACUUUUGGUUCCUUUGUUUUUAAGUUUGUGGGUUGGGUUACUAAUUUUCAGCAAAGUUAUUGUGACUUACUCUCUGUAAUAUAUUGAUGCUAGUAAGACAUUUGGUUUGGCUAGCAACACUUUCUAAUGAAAAAAUGUUACCUUAAGUCCUAGUCAACUGGACUGUUGUCACCAUAUAAGUAUCUUGCAGCCUCAAUUAUCUUAGCUAAGAGAAGCAUUCACAUAUAUUUUCUAAUGUAUGUUUACAAAACCUUAAGAUUAGAUUUUACUGUUAAGCCCUUACGAUAUGCUGCUUAUCAUUUAUAAUAGAAGCACUAUCAUCUCACUGCUAUAGAGAUCACAUCUUGGAGUGUGAGAUUCUAUGCCUCCAGCCUCAAGAUUAGACAUCUGUGUUAAUUUAUAAUCUAAUCACCUUUUAUGUAAAGAAAAUAAUUUAUCAUAUUAUUGAAGUUGUUUUAAUAAUAUAAACAAUUUUUAUUUUAAUUGUCAUCACUACAGUUCUUGAUAAUUAAUAUUUUUAGUUAUUUAAAAAGAAAUAUGAUAGAAGGAGGAAAUGAAUGAAUGAAUUAGCUAAAUAUACUUAAUGAUCUUAAUUUAGUAUACAAUAUACUGCUGCAUUAUUGUAUUCAAAUUUGAAUGAUAUUAAAGAUGGCAAUAGGAUGAAACAUAAUUCCUCGAUUCAAAAAACAAAAAUAGCUUUGCUUCCAUAUAGGGUGCAAUUAUUGGUAUCUGAUACCAAUAAAUUCUACUGCCAUGGAAUAUUUAUUGUUGAUGUAGAAAACAGAGCAAACAUUAUUAUGUUUUUUGUGGGCUAGGGUCCCAGCAAGGGACCGCUACUUGCAGCGAGUCUGCAGUCAUUACAGCAUACAGUACUAAGUGUGUAUCUGAAGUUAUUGUAGGAAAGGAUUUUGGCUGGUUGGUGUUCCAUACCUCGCCUUCAAUCAGCAGCCAUAUAUGAUGAAUUUGAUUGUAAACGAAGAGACAAUACCAGUGAGUAAAAUAUCCAAGAGUAUAGUAAUGUUAAUUCAACAUUGAAUUGAUGGCAAUUCAGUGUUGAUAAUGUUGAAUUAUCAUUAUACUUUGACAUUGUUCCCAUUGGGUAAAUAGUUUAUUAAUGCAGGAAACUAAAAAACACAAACAAAUUAUGAGUAAUAUAUAAUGGAGUUGGUGGCAGGAUAAGGAAUCUACUCCCUCAUUGUCACAGUCAAAUAAUAAAUAGGGGACUUACUAAUGAGGGGACUUAGAAAAUAUAUAUUGUUUAUUAGAAAUGAGCAGGUGGUUGAUAGUUGCUGACUUUGAGAGCUUGUGCUCGGGUAAACACAACCUUCUUUGUGACAAACAGCACUCGCUGUGGCAGGGUUGAGGACUGGACCAACAUACCUUUGAUUCAUUCCACAGAAAUUCGUACAAGUGAGGUUGCACUGUACAGUAUUUUUAUUUCAAAUCACAAAGUUAAUUUUUGAUAUAUUGAAUAUUUUUGCAUUUAUCUCUGAUGCAAAUUACUAUUUGAACCUCUAACGGAGGUAAUUACCCAGAAAGCCUUUAGGUAAUCCAGGUAUUAUUUGAAUGACGACAAAAUAUUUUCCUCUGGUCAUUAUGAACCUUCAGGGGAAAGUAGUUACUCAUAAUCAGUACUUCGUAGUAUGUGCUCUGCAUUAUAGGAUGAUGAUAUGGCCAUUGUAACUGUUAAAUGUUAAUUAAAUACCAGAAUGUUGCAACCAAGCAUUGCACUAAAUUACUUGAAAUGUGUGUGAACCAGUUUUUUUUUUUUUGAGGGGGGGGGGGAAGGAGGUAUCCCAUGAUGUACAAACUCGAUCAGAACCUGUCAUGAAUGGCGUAACACAGUGGAUGAUAUCAACGACGAGAAAGUCAUCAUUUAAAUGGCCUCCUAAAAGAGUUGGAUGCAAUGUUUAGAGGAGUCAUAGAAGCUCUAAUUAGAGAUUAUAUGGACAGUGAAGUUCAGAUACCAAAAUAUUUAUAUGGAUAUGAUUGAGUAAAUGAAUCAAACAUAGGAGUAGGUCUAUACUGUGUACUGAAAGGGAUCUUAUGUUCAUAGAAAACUUAUAAUUCCACAAAUGUGCUUAAAAUACACAGUGUAGAGAACAAAGAUCUUAUUACUUUAGUAUACUGUACAAGCAUUUAGAUACAACAGUUGAAUUCACAGCACAGUUGAAUAAAAUAGAAAAUAGUCUAGAAAAUCUAGAUAUUCUGUGCUGGAUGUUAUCUUUCUUGGAGAUUAAUAUGUACCCAGUUAAAUUUGGAUGAUCAUAGUCAAAAACAUUGCAUCAGGGAACUAAACCAGAAAUAACUAACACAAUUCUGAGAUACUGUUAAAAUUUGUGAGGAAUUUGUGCUCGAGCAGCAAAUAAUGGAGUCAGCUAGGGAUGAAAAUACCCUAGAUUUGAUCUUCAUGAACAUUUAUGAAAUAAGGAAUGUAAGAAAUUUCAGACAUUGCAUGCUCAGAUCACAAAUUCAAUGAAGUUUGAACAAAGGAUAAUAUAUGUAAAUGCCCAAAACAAAAUACUGUAGUUGUGAAGGGAUAUUGAAUAAAAUAGGCAGAGAUUUCCA